CCCGCGAAAAGCUUUCACAAAACAUAUGUUUAUUGGCAACUGAGAACUGUAAAGGCAACUGAGUCUCGUGGGUGUGGCUCUUAACAAUGCCAUGCCCACCAUUUCUUCAUACAAACCCACCUUUUCCCCCCUUCUUCUUCUUCUCCAUCAUCAUUCUCUGGACCAUCAUCUUCUUGCGACUCCGGCGAGUUCUAGGAUCGAAAUAUGGUCAAGGAAACAGAGUACUACGAUGUUCUUGGUGUCGAUCCCUCUGCUUCAGAGGAGGAAAUCCGCAAGGCUUACUAUCUUAAGGCCAGGCAAGUCCAUCCUGAUAAAAACCCAAAUGAUCCCCAAGCUGCGGAAAGAUUUCAGGUAUUGGGUGAAGCCUAUCAGGUCUUGAGUGAUCCAUUGCAAAGGGAUGCAUAUGAUCGAAAUGGAAAGUAUUGCAUUUCUAGGGAUACCAUGCUUGACCCUACUGCUGUCUUUGCUUUACUUUUUGGAAGCGAACUCUUUGAGGACUACAUUGGACAUCUAGCCGUGGCAUCAAUGGCUUCCUCUGAAUUAGCUGGUGAAAGUGACAAUCCUGAAAAACUAAAUGACAGAUUGAAGGGUGUCCAAAGAGAACGAGAGGAAAAACUCGCCAGAAAACUUAGAGAUUUCCUUCAGCAGUACGUCCGAGGUGACAAAGUAGGAUUUGUACGUUAUGCUGAAUCUCAGGUGGAAAGACUUUCACGUGCAGCUUUUGGGGUCGACAUGUUGCACACUAUUGGCUAUAUAUAUACAAGACAAGCGGCACAGGAGCUUGGAAAGAAAGCCAAAUAUCUUGGAGUCCCAUUUUUGGCUGAGUGGGUACGCAAUAAGGGACACUUCUGGAAGUCCCAGAUUACCGCAGCAAAGGGAGCUUAUCAGUUAUUGCAACUUCAAGAAGACACCCGUCGCCAGUUUAAAAUGGAUGGCAGUGGCCCUGAAAAUGACCUCGAGUCUCACUUAAAAUCAAACAAAGACACAUUGAUGAACUCGUUAUGGAAAUUGAAUGUUGUGGACAUCGAAGUAACUCUUCUACAUGUGUGCCAAAUGGUACUGCAAGAAACUAACAUCAAGAAAGAAGAACUCAAGGCUCGAGCCAUGGCUCUGAAACUACUUGGAAAAAUAUUUCAGAAUGAAAAGUAUAGACAAAGCACAGGAACAUCAAAGAAGAAGAUUGCUUCUAACAUAAACGAUGAUGAAAGCAGUUCUGAUAGCAGUGAUGAAGAGGAUUCGCCAAGAACCCUUACUUAUCGAGCUCCUUUGGUUACACAGGGCAUUGGAAGACUGUUCAGAUGUCUCUGUAAUCCAGCCCUUGAUGUGGAUGAUGAAGAGAUUGUAUACAAAAGCAAAUGAGUCACAAGAAAAAGAGUCCUGGCAAGCGGCUUGUUCAAUACUACAAUGCAAUCCAGAUCGCAAGUAACCGGGGUAACACAAAAAUGGUUGGCACUUAGUUCCAUUAAAAUUGUCUUCAGAGAACAAGAAAGGCGCAAGCUACAAGUUUGUACUAAAUGUUUUGUCUGUUGCUUGAGGAACCUGCCAGUUACCACUAUAUAUUUCAAGGAGAUUAAGAUUGGUGAGUGCAUUUGGUGUAUAACUCAACCAGACCAGAAAAUCCACCAGAAAAUCCAUCAUUUCUUGAACCAGCAAAAGAAUGGAAUUAACCAAAGCUCCAAUAAAUUACUAAUGCCUACA